CGUCAUUAGUUGUGAGCAGUUUAUGUGACGGAGCUGAUGCGUGGUCCUUUUUUUGCGUUGAGACGAUUGAUCCGUCCAUGACGAAAUGACCGUGUGUGUGUGUGUGUGUGUGUGACAAGCUGCCAUGACAGACAGUAAAGCACCGGGACGAGGGAGCGGCGGUUGCAAUGAGAGGAAGAAGGAUUAGGUCCAGAGUGGCAGACGUCUGAAGGAAUUUCAAGGCGAUUCUUCCCGGAUACCGGAUGAAAUAAGCAGGAUGGGUACAUUUGUGACCCUGGCGGAAGUGUUGGAGGGCCGGGGUUCGAAGCUGGAUGAGGACGAGGUCUGGUGUCUGCUGCUCGCCACCACCGACGCCUUACUGGCCAUCUCCAAGAAAGGUUCGGGCAACAUGUGCAGCGUGCUGAGCCCCGGCUCGGUGCUGCUGUCGGCCAACGGGAGCCUGGCCUUCAAGAGCUGCGCCCGGUACGAAGACGUGGCCUCCUUCACGGCUCCCGAGAUCCAGCAGGGCCAGGCGGCCUCCUCCAGGACUGCAGCCGAAAAGAUGGUUGUGUACUCGCUGGGGAUGACUCUUUAUUGGUGUGUCGAUUAUCAUCUCCCUCAAAACCAGCCGGUGCAGCUGAGUGCGCAGCUGGAGGGUUUGCUGCUGAGCAUGUGCGAGGACAUGGUGAUCCGGAGGACCGACCUGCUGACGGUGCAGGAGACCUGCGAGCUCCACCACAAGGCCCUGAUGCUGCCGCCGGCCGAUCGGCUCGUCAGGCAGCUGGUGGAGGACGUGUACAGGAACUCGGUCGAUCAUGUGUCCAUGGCUGAAAACGGAUCCCGGCUGACGGACCGCAGUCAAAUGAUCCGGGACAGAUUACACAGGGGCUCUUUCAAUAACUCUUCAUGGGCGCAGAACAAGAAGAUUCCUAGAAAAUUCUCGGGAGCAUCUUAUCCGGAGCCGUCCGCGAUUCCCUCGGGAUGUCACCACAGGGAGAAAUACGGCAGCUGGCAGCAGCUGCACCCCUGCAGCCCGUACACGGGGGGCAGCCGCAAGACCGUCUCCAGAUCCACGAUGAACCUCAGUGACCGGAAGGCCAAGGACGCGGGUCCGGAGUUUAUUCGAAUUUUAGAUGAGCCUCUGGUCGUCUUGGAGCUGCCCGCAUCCAUCGUGUCAAAGAAAGGGAAAUCUCCUACCACUCAGAGAGAGCUGAGUGUGUCGAUGCCCAACGGCCAGAGCAUCCUGGUGAAGUGUGAGGUGAAGACCAGAGGAGGGGACGUCUUCGACAUGAUUGUGGCUCACUUCAACCUGGUGGAGCAUUUCUACUUUGGCCUUGCUUUUAUUGACGAUAAUGAGUUUUUCUUCGUGGACAAUGACACCAAGAUUUCCAAAGUUGCCCCGGAUAGCUGGAAGAAAGUGCCUACAAACCCCUUUGUCCUAUUUUUUCGGGUGAAAUUAUUUGUCAAUGACAUUUCUCUUUUGCAACGGCAGACCCGCCACCAGCAUUACCUCCAGCUCCGGAGGGACCUCCUGGAGGACCGGCUGUCCUGCCACGAGGAGACGGCUCUGCACCUCGGAGCCCUGGCCCUGCAGACGGAGUGCGGUGAAUGCAUGCCGGAGCUGUACGGUAGAAACUACUACCGCCCUGACCAGUACGUCUCCAAGAGCGUGAUGGAGCGCCGCGCCUUGCCUCACAUCCAGGGGGAGCUGCUGCGACUUCACGCCAACAACGCUCAGAUGCUCGCUGACGAAUCGGAGCUCGAGUUCCUCAAGGCGUGUCAACAGUUGCCCGAAUACGGCGUUAUGUUCCACCGCGCGAUACGUGAGAAAAAGCCUUUGGAAGGAGAGGUGACGCUGGGGGUUUGCGCCAAAGGAGUCAUCGUCUUCGAGGUUAAAGAUGGCUGCCGAUCCACCAGCCAGACGUUCUACUGGAGGGAGGCAGCAACCAUCUCCUCUAAUAGGCGGAAAUUUGUGGUGGAGAGCCGCGUCAGCAAAAAGAAGCACAUCUUUAUCGCCGAGAGAUCGAAGAUAGCCAAAUAUCUGUGUAACCUCUGCUCCGCCCAACACAAGUUCAACAACGAGAUGAGCUCCCGGCAGCUCGGCCACAACCUGGUCUCAGAGGAGAACGUCGCGCGGUACGCCACGGCGUGCCGCGCCCGGGGCGGCCGGCUCAAGUCCUUCUCCUGUUCCGAGACGCCGCAGGACAGCAGCGGCCUGACCACGCCUCAGGACGGGUCCCUGAACAAGCUGUGCGACGACGUCACCGCCCGGAUCGAGGCGCGCAUCAAACAGCAGCUCCUCACCGAGCCCAGCAGUCAGCGCAGCAGCACCGGUAUACGCUCCCCGGCCUGUUCUCUGAGGAGCGGAUCCGAAGCCCCUUCCGGCUCCUCGGCGGCCAAAGGAAGCUCGACAAAACUGGAGUCAUCGCCAGAGAGAGAAGUCCUGUGUGUUAACCUGAAGAAAGACCCGAAGCUCGGCCUGGGCGUCGUGAUAGUGGGAGAGGACACCGUGGGCGACUAUGACUUGGGCAUCUUCGUUGAGUCCAUUGUGCCCGAUGGACCCGCUGACAAGGACGGACGCAUCCAAACAGGUGGUCGUCUGAUCUCUCUGAACCACAUCAGCCUGGAGGGCGUCACCUUCAGCAAGGCAGCAGAGGUCAUGCAGAGCAGCCCCGAGGAGGUGCAGCUCAUCGUCUCACAGCCAAAAGUGGCCCUCGGCCCCAGCAACGUGCGCUCUCCCGUGCAACGCCAUUACGAGUCUCAGACCACUGAGACCACGAUGGCGGACAUCCGAUCGCCGGACGACAGCUUAGAGGAGAUUGUUUCGGUCGCGAUGACGCCGAAGACCGGCAACAGGCUCCACGUCCCCCGAGAAGCCUGUUUCCUCGGUGCACAGGACUCUCUGUCCGUCCCUCUGAACUGCACGAGGCCGGAGGAGAUCACCGUGGAGCUCCGAAAGACAUCGGGAAGUCUGGGCAUCAGCUUCUCCGGUGGCGUGGACACAAUCCUUCCCAAUGGAGGGAUCUACAUAAGGAGCCUCGUUCCGGGAGGCGCCGCGGAGAGAGACGGGCGGAUGCGUUCAGGGGACAGACUGCUGGAGGUGGACGGGGUCAGCUUCCAGAGCUUCAGCUACCGGCAGGCCGUGGAGCGCCUGAGAAACACCGGGGAGCGGGUCACCUUGGUCGUGGAGAGGGUGUUGGUAAACCUGCCCAGGGGUUCAGAAACCCUCAGCAGCGUAUCCAAUCAGAGCAUCAGCCCGGCCGCCAGCCCGGCCGCCAGCCUGCUGAGGUUCAACAGCUGCUCGCCGGUCAGCACCGCGUCAAGCGUGACCUCUGACCGACCUCGGGACUACAGCUUCGUCACCGACGACAACACCCAGGAAGUGACGCUGACUAAGAGCGCCAACGGCUUGGGCUUCAGCUUCCUCAUGUGUGAGCUGGACCCGCCCACCCCGGACUUCAGCAGCCUGGUCCGGGUCAAGCAGCUGUACCCGGGCCAGCCGGCCCAGCGGAGCGGCCGCAUCCAGGAGGGCGAUGUCCUGCUGGCCAUCGACGGCCAGUCGCUCAAGGAGCUGCCCUACUCCGUCUGUGCAGCUUUUAAUUCUCUCAUAUGUCUUUAUUCAUUAUGCUUCCAUUUACUGGGUGUUAUUGACCAGUUUGACACAUUGAGUAUUUCCAUUUUAAUCAACUGUAAACUUCUCAAAGGAAAAUUGAGUUUUUCUUUAUUUCAUGUUGGACACAUUUCAGUUUAUUUUCAGAUUAUUUUCUGAUUCAUCUUUUCCAGUGAAAAGCAUGUUUCUCCAGAUUUUGGGGGGGAUUUUGAAUUAUUAAUUUCUCCUGAUAAACUGAAGGAGGAAGGUUUCCUUUAUGUGCGGAAGAACAUUCUCAUCUUCUUAAGCCAUACAAACUAUUUAAAAACCCUUUUGGAUCAGUUGUCACAAAGCUGAAAACGGGGGUUUUGUUUUCUGAGGCCAUAACAAGUAAAACAUUAAUUAAAAAAAAUACCCUUUUAGAGAUGUGUGUAGAGCCAUGUUAGGAUUAUUUUAUAGACCAUGGUGCAUUGCUGCAGCUUAAACUACCCAACAGUAUAUAAAUUAAUGAAUAUUAACACAACCGUAAACAUCUACAACAAUAAAAUAUAACUUUUAAUGCAUAAUGAGUAUUUAUUCAUUCAUUAUAUGACAUUGAACUGCACAAUUCCUUCUUUACUUGUAAUCAUUUAGAUUGCGUUGUCCUGAUAACUCGACACUCGUAUGUAACAAAGGUUUUACCUCUGGAGCGUUGGAGGUAUUAACGUCUCUCCGCUCUGCAGAGGGUGCUGAAGCUGUUCAAGACGUCAACGCUCGAGGUCCGACUGACUCUCAGUCGCCCUGCUCCAGGGAUCCUUCCGCCCAUCGACCAGUUCACUGGC